CCACACGCACACACACACCACACCACCAUCACCACCACCAACAACAACAACCUAUUUCACAACAAAUGGAUAAGGCGACCAACACUUCAGGCCAACUCAGCGCGUAACAUGUAUCUCCACGCGUUGCAGUGAGAUGAGGGGAGCAUGGGGGCCAAAGAGUCGAGGAUAGGAUUCCUGUCGUAUGACGAGGCCGUCAAGAGAGUGACUGAUGUGGAAUUGAAACGGCUGAAGGAUGCCUUCAAGAGAACCAGCGGCCUCUCCUACUACAUGACCCAACAGUGCUUCUACAGGGAAGCACUGGGAGAUGGAGUUCCGCCUAAGGUUGCAGAGGUUAUUUACACCUCGUUUGGAGGCUCAUCUAAAGGGCUCCACUUCAACAAUCUGAUCGUGGGUUUGGUGCUCCUGACCAGAGGACGUGAUGAGGAGAAGGCCAAAUAUCUCUUCAGCCUGUUUGCCAGUGAUCUGGGCGGAUAUGCUGCCAGAGAAGAUAUAGAGGCAGUUCUGCAGGUCCUGGAUGGAGAAGUUCCGACCUCCCUCAAGAAAUGUUUUCCUGAGGGUGACAAGGUGAACUAUGAGCGCUUCAGGAACUGGCUACUUCAGAACAAGGAGGCCUUCACUUUGUCCCGGUGGCUUCUUUCUGGAGGAGUGUGUGUCACACUCACUGAUGACAGCGACACGCCCACCUUCUACCAGACCCUGGCCGGCGUCACACACCUGGAGGAGUCGGACAUUAUAGACUUGGAGAAGCGCUACUGGCUGCUGAAAGCCCAGUCCAGAACUGGCCGCUUUGACUUGGAAACCUUCAUCCCACUGGUCUCUCCUCCCAUCCAUGCCUCACUGAGUGAAGGCCUGUUUCACGCCUUUGAUGAAAAUCGGGACAAUCACAUCGACUUUAAAGAGAUCUCUUGUGGACUCUCUGCAUGCUGCAGGGGGCCCGUGGCUGAAAGGCAGAAAUUUUGCUUCAAGGUGUUUGAUGUCGACCGCGAUGGGGUUCUGUCUCGAGAUGAACUCCAUGAAAUGGUGGUGGCCUUGCUGGAGGUGUGGAAAGACAAUCGCACAGACACACUCCCUGAGCUGCACAGUAGUGUGUCAGACAUAGUAGAGGGAAUCCUGAUGAUGCAUGACACAACCAAGCUCUGUCACCUGACCCUGGAGGACUACCAGAUAUGGAGCGUAAAGAGCGCAUUGGCCAAUGAGUUUCUAAACCUGCUUUUCCAGGUCUGUCACAUAGUCCUGGGGCUAAGGCCUGCCACUCCUGAAGAGGAGGGACAAAUUAUCAGGGGCUGGUUAGAGAGAGAGAGCAGACAUGGGCUGCAGCAAGGCCAGAACUGGUUCCUCAUAUCCAUGCUGUGGUGGCAGCAGUGGAAGGACUAUGUCAAAUACGAGCAUAAGGGCAUCGUGGUGGAGCAGCCGUCCAUCCUGAGCUCGUUGCGAAGUCCCAUGACCACAGCCACUAUAGAGUCCGAACCUCCAGACAGACUGGGAGGACUGGGAACCUUCAGCACUGUCAGCCCCACGGAGGAGAGGUCACCUGAUGCAGUGUCCAGUGCCUCAGAGGCAACAGAGACUGCCCUGAGCCCCCUGGCAGCUCCCUCGGCUACAGACAGCUGUUUUGCCCGUCAGCACAACGUAUCAGACAACAACAAUCAGUGUUUUUCUGGAGCCAAUGGCCACCUCCACUCCCAGCUGGCAGCACAAAGACCUGGAGCCAUUGACAACCAGCCUCUGGUCACAACCGACCCAACCAAGGCCCCUACGUUAACCAUGGAGGGUGGCAGGCUGAAGCACUCCUUGCAGCUGGUAACUGGCAGAGACUUUGAGACGGUGCCAGAGCCGGUGUGGCGGGCGCUCUACCACUGGUAUGGCGCCAACCUCAGCCUGCCGCGACCGGUUAUCCUGGAGAGCAAAAAAGGCCAAGCAGAGCUGGAGCUCUUUCCCCGCUACGUCCUCUUCCUCCGCCAGCAACCGGCAACACGCUCCCCACAGUCCAACAUCUGGGUCAAUAUGGGUAUGACCAGCCUGCGAAUGUUCCCACCAUAUUUACCACCACCAAGAGCAGGUAAUGUGCCAUCCCCCAACGCUCCACUGAAGAGGGUGUUGGCCUACACUGGCUGCUUCAGCCGUAUGGCCACCAUCAAGGACAUCCACUACUACCUGUCCCAGAGACUUCGUAUCAAGGAGGAGGACAUGAGACUCUGGCUCUACAACAGUGAGAACUACCUCACCCUGCUGGACGAUGAAGAACACACACUAGAAAGUCUGAAGAUCCAGGACGAACAGCAGCUAGUUAUUGAAGUCAGGAACAAAGAUAUGAGCUGGCCUGAGGAGAUGUCUUUCAUCGCCAACAGUAGCAAGAUGGACAGACACAAAGUUCCUACAGAGAAAGGAGCCACUGGUCUCAGUAACCUCGGCAACACCUGCUUCAUGAACUCCAGUAUCCAGUGUGUGAGCAACACCAAGCCUCUUACAGACUACUUCAUCUUAGGGAGACACCUCUAUGAGCUCAAUAGAACCAACCCCAUCGGGAUGCGAGGUCACAUGGCCAAGUGUUAUGGCGACCUGGUGAUGGAGCUGUGGAGUGGCACACAGAAGAAUGUUGCUCCGCUGAAACUCAGAUGGACAAUAGCAAAGUAUGCCCCACGCUUCAAUGGCUUCCAGCAGCAGGACUCCCAGGAGCUGCUAGCCUUCCUGCUUGAUGGGCUCCAUGAAGAUCUAAACAGAGUCCAUGAGAAACCCUAUGUGGAGCUGAAGGACAGUGAUGGCCGGCCUGACUUGGAGGUGGCCUCUGAGGCAUGGGAGAACCACCUGCGCAGGAACCGUUCCAUUGUGGUGGAUCUGUUCCACGGUCAGCUCAAGUCCCAGGUGAAGUGUAAGACCUGUGGCCACAUUAGCGCUCGCUUUGACCCUUUUAACUUCCUGUCUCUGCCCUUGCCCAUGGACAGCUCCAUGCAUCUGGAAAUCACUGUCAUCAAACUGGAUGGCUCCACACCAGUGCGCUAUGGCCUGCGGUUGAAUAUGGAUGAAAAGUACACGGGACUGAAGAAACUACUGAGUGAACUGUGUAGUCUGAAGCCAGAGCAGAUCCUCCUGGCUGAGGUCCACACCUCCAAUAUCAAGAACUUCCCUCAGGACAACCAGAAAGUGCGUCUGUCGGUUAAUGGCUUCCUGUGUGCUUUUGAGAUCCCGGUGCCUGGUUCACCAACAUCACUGAGCUCACCCACACUGACAGACAUCGACCCAAUAGCCAAUGGCUCAGCUGCUAAUGGCCACCUGGGCAACAAGCCCCUCCUCAUCCCCAACGGUGGGCCCAGCACUGUGGUGCCCUGCAGCCCAGAAACGCCCUUGGCCGGUGGAGUCACCAACGGAUACAUCACACCAGUUGAAAGCCCUUUCAUUGGAUACAUCAUCGCCAUGCACAGGAAGAUGAUGCGCACAGAGCUGUACUUCCUGUCAUCUCAGAAAAACCGACCCAGUCUGUUCGGCAUGCCCCUCAUAGUCCCUUGCACCGUCCACACUAGUAAGAAAGACCUUUAUGAUGCCGUCUGGAUCCAAGUGUCCCGGCUGGCCAGCCCACUGCCCCCACAGGAAGCUAGCAACCAUGCCCAGGACUGUGAUGACAGCAUGGGCUACCAGUACCCUUUCACUUUACGGGUAGUGGGUAAGGAUGGCAACUCGUGUGCCUGGUGUCCCUGGUACAGGUUCUGUCGAGGCUGUACAAUAGACUGCACAGAGGACAGAGCCUCUGUCGGAAAUGCUUAUAUAGCUGUGGACUGGGACCCCACUGCCCUGCACCUCCGCUACCAGACCUCCCAGGAGAGGAUAGUGGAGGAGCACUGCAGCGUGGAGCAGUCCCGUCGUGCCCAGGCUGAGCCCAUCAGCUUGGACAGUUGUCUGAAGGCCUUCACCAGUGAGGAGGAGCUGGGAGAGGACGAGCUCUAUUACUGCUCCAAGUGCAAGACUCAUCGGCUAGCCACUAAGAAACUAGACCUCUGGAGGCUGCCACCCAUUUUGAUUGUCCACCUGAAGCGCUUCCAGUUUGUUAAUGGUCGGUGGAUCAAAUCCCAGAAGAUUGUAAAGUUCCCGCGGGGAAAUUUUGACCCCAGCGCCUUCUUGGCUCCCAGAGACCUGCAGCAGCACUGCCUCCACUCGCACAGUGAGAGUGAAGAUCUACUGAGGGUUGGAGAAGACAACCUGUCCUCCAUCUCUGCUCCUGCUGGCUUCUGCAACUUCCCAAAAGCCUCCCCUGCCUCCAGCAGGAAGUCUGCACCUUCUCUCAGCCGGACCAGCAGCCCAAAGACCAGCGGUGGAGGCCGCAGGCCUGGUCGACUACGCCUGCCUCAGCUGGGUAGUAGACACCGCCUCUCCAACAGCAAGGAGAACCUAGAUGAAGCUGCAAAUCAUGAGGCUGAGCCUCGGGACAUUGCACCACAGACGGACAUGGAGGGGAGCACAGCAGCAGCGGCUGCAGGCCUUCCUGGAUCAGCAGAGGCGAACGCAUCAGAGUCGUUGUGCAGUACUGAGGCCUCGAGCAGCCACUGCGAUGUGGGCUUGCUGAACGGUGACAGCAACGGGCUGAGCUCAGACUGCAGCAUGGACCCUUACAACUCACUGCUACAGCACAGAGACAACAUGUGUCUGGACGCCAUCUACAACCUCUAUGCAAUAUCAUGUCAUUCAGGAAUCAUGGGAGGGGGCCACUAUGUGACAUAUGCCAAAAACCCCAAUGAAAAGUGGUACUGUUACAACGACAGCAGCUGCAAGAGCAACAUUGGAUUGGAUCACCCUGAUCAAUAAACAAACUUUUCAAGAUUGCCAAAUUUCAAGAUUGCUUUUAUUAGGUGGAUCUGAAGUCUGGCUUGGUUUGCUGUAGUUGUGUGAGGGUGAUUUGUUCCUCAGCCAGACAAAUCUGUGUUUCUACUUUUUCUGUUUCCCAUUGAGGAAGUUCCGAAUUAGGGACUGACUGAACAUGCAAUAAGGGAUGCAAUUAUGUGAUUGUAAUUAAUAUAAAGUGAAAAAUUACAUUUAAAGGGCCCAUAUUGUCAAAAAGAUUUCCUGUCUUUCUUUCAUAAUAAAUAAGGUCUAAGGGCUCUGUAGGGACUGUAAAAGUGUCAAAACACUCAGUAAACAGACAAAUACACACAGCAUGCAUUCAGCAGCUGUUUUUUUUAACUGACUUCGGCAGAAAUGUGAUGUCAUUGCAACGCAGUCUCUGCCUUCAGCCUUGCAACCAGUGCUCACUCGUCAUAGCGUUGCUGAGCAAUCAACAACUCAAGAAAAAUCAGGAAGCUACAUUUUGAAAAGAGGCUUCCUAAGGAUAUUAUACAAGAGACCAGAACUAACUCAGAAUUAUUUUACCUUUGCAAAAUUCAUCGGUAACCGGUGUCGGCCACUGCCUGCGAUGUGGAGCUUCUGCUGGGGCAGAGACGCUUGUUUAUUUGACCAAUGUCCGAGUUUCAAUUCAAGGCAUUACAAAUAAAUUAAUUUGAGGUAAUCAGAUUCAAUGAUUCAGUACUACCUAUGCAAUAUUUCAAAGAAUAGCAUAACAAAUUUAUCUAAGUAAACAAUGGUGUAAUAUUGUCAAGCUUUAUUUUGCACAUGAAUAAAAUACAAAGUAGGUGUAUUGAAUAUUCCUUCCUCAGCUGUUCCCCCAGCAAAGUCAUCAUCUAUGUAGAAAAGCAACAUGAGUAUGUGAAACUAUGAUCCAGGAAAAAAUAUUCAUCCUUACAAAUUUUUUACAGGUCAAAAUACUAUGAGGGGGAAUAAAUCCAUUCAGUACAUGAUCUGUAGUCAUGAUUAUCAGUGUAAUUACGUGCUGUUCGCCUUUACUGCUUGGUUUCAACGCAGGGGCGAUGUGCAUUUUACUUUUCGCCAUGGCCAAAGUGGACUCUUGCUUCGGGAAAACAUACACGGGAACGUCACCUUUGUCUUGAAACGCUGCUGCGUUAUUGACAGAAACAGGAAAUUACACAUAUAAAAAUAAAUAAUUUUACAGUCUGCUCUACAGUGAUAAAUAAAUACGAAAGUGAUGAGUGCAUUUGCAAAUUCAGCAGGCCUACGUGAAUGUGACUGUAGCCACAGCUGGGAAUAUCAACACAUACUUAGCAAUUAGCAUAGCACGUGAUGCUACGUUUGGUGAUAAAUAGUGGUGCUAACCAAACAGUACAACACUGAUGGGGGAGCAUUUAGCCGCGAGAGCACAGGCAACGGCACACACAUGUCUGGAAAACUCUCAAAACCGAUUAGACCGAUAAAUAGAUCUGUGGACCGCUGCUCCGAUGUUUACACAGGUUUUUAUCUCUGCUAGAUCUGCUUCCUUCUUUUUAGCUCUUUUUCGUUUUUGCUUGUGGUCUUUGUCGUAUAUGCAGUUUUUGGCAAAGGAGGUGGGCAGUUUUUUCGAUGCUUGCCGUUUCUCUGCCAUGGUGUUUUCAAACUUAUUCCGCUUCUGCUGCUAGCUCCUCAUUGCUAAGGCGUGAGCAAGUGAGUGUGUGCACAGGUUCUACAGCGCUGCGCAGCGCGUACCUCGAUGAUUGACAGAGAGGAGAGACGCCCCCUGACUGUGAUUGGAGAUUUUUCUUUGGGCUCGGUGGAUUCAUGCAAAUGGCAUUAAAGGCAGUAGGGGUCGCCAGAUGAUCUGUCUCGCAUACAUAUAGUGACCGUUUCAGCAAAUAUGAAAAAAAGUUAUUUUUUUAAAUCCUGCCGUUGUCACAGGAAGUAAACAAAAUGCAGCUGUGUUAAUUACGUUAUAUUUUUUUAAUGCGUUAAAUAUUUCAAAAUUAACGCAAAGAUUAACGCGUUAAUAUAGACAGCACUAUUAUUAUUGAUAUCGUUUAAAAUUGACAAAUUGAUGGCUAUUAUCAUAAGCUAUUAGGAACUAUGCGACGGUGCAUUGGUCUGGACCACAAGGACCACGCCACAGACAACUCUCUGUCCAGCAGCUUCAGCGCCUAUAGACCAGUGGUCUGUUUCUAGUGACCGUGCUAAAUUGUCUACAGCCCCUGCAGCCUUUUUACCCCACACAGUCCUACUAUUCAGACUGCUAGAGUUACCUUUGUUGGAUAUAACUGGUAGGUAUUUUGACAAAAUGGAAAUUAAAAAAGACACACUUUGGAAAGUGAGAAGACUGCCAGAAUUAAGUCACUUACCCUCCAUAUAAGCUCUCUCUGAGGAAGAUGGUCAGUUGUGGUGCCUCUCUGUAUAUAUACUUAUGUCCACAAGUUGAUCAAAAUGUGGGAACGAACUGUCUCUCGUGUACACUCAAUGUAGUAUAAAUUGGCCUUGAUAUAUCGUUUUUUUUCCCUCUUUCAAUAUAAAAAAAACAUGUGACAUUUGCAGAAAGCAAUGCAUGCCAUUACAGAUCUUAAAUUUGCUAUAAAUGUUGUACAGAAUUGUCUCAGCUAUUUGGCCUUUUUU